AUGGCUAUUUUAAAUGAACAAAGUAAAGUUGCUCCUGAAGUUACUCUAUGUGUCCCGGACAAUGCCAGUGGUGUAGUUCGUGCCACCCCUAACCAAGCAUCAUUGAACAGUGAUGAUUUAACUUCUCGUCGUCCUCCUUCCCUUCAUUCAUCUACUAUCAAUAAUCAUCAACGUCAUUUGACAACUGCACAAACAAAUGAACCAUUAGAAGAGAUUGGUGAAACAGGAGGUGGUCUUCUUCUUCAUCUUCAAUGA